AUGAGCUUCAGCUCAGACCAUUAUCUUUGCUCCUCCUCCUACAGGAAGGUGUUUGGGGAUGGCUCACGCCUCUCCUCGCGUUUCGGGGGCAGCGGUGGCGGGAGCUUCAGGUCACAGUCUCUGUCCCGCUGCAAUGUUGCCUCGGCGGGUACCUGUUCCGCCUCCCCUUCUUUGGGGCUGGGGCUGACCUACCGCCGGACUGGGCCCGACAGCCUGGACCUGAGCCAGGCAGCAGCUCGCAACAACGAGUACAAGAUCAUUCGCACCAACGAGAAAGAGCAGCUGCAGGGCCUCAACGACCGCUUUGCAGUGUUCAUCGAAAAGGUGCACCAGCUGGAGACCCAGAACCGUACGCUUGAGGCUGAGCUGGCAGCACUGCGGCAGCGCCACGCCGAGCCCUCGCGCGUUGGCGAGCUGUUUCAGCGCGAGCUCCGGGAGCUCCGGACGCAGCUUGAGGAGGCUAGCUCCGCGCGGACUCAGGCGCUGCUGGAGCGGGACGGGCUGGCCGAGGAGGUGCAGAGGUUGCGGACGCGUUGCGAGGAGGAGAGCCGCGGAAGAGAGGGCGCAGAGCGCGCCUUGAAGGCGCAGCAGCGAGAUGUGGACGGCGCCACCCUGGCACGGCUGGACCUGGAGAAGAAGGUGGAGGCGCUAUUAGAUGAAUUGGCCUUCCUACGGCAAGUGCACGAGGAGGAAGUGUCUGAGCUUCUGGCGACGCUGCAGGCAUCGUCCCAGGCCUCGGCUGAGGUGGACAUGACCGUGGCCAAGCCAGACUUGACCUCGGCGCUGCGGGAGAUCCGUGCCCAGUACGAGUCUCUGGCCGCCAAGAACCUGCAAUCCGCUGAGGAGUGGUACAAGUCUAAAUUUGCCAACUUGAACGAGCAAGCGGCGCGCAGCACCGAAGCCAUCCGAGCCAGCCGCGAGGAGAUUCACGAGUACCGACGCCAGCUGCAGGCACGCACCAUCGAAAUCGAAGGGCUCCGAGGUGCCAAUGAAUCCCUGGAAAGGCAGAUCCUGGAGAUGGAGGAAAGGCAUAGUGCUGAGGUGGCUGGUUUGCAGGAUAGCAUUGGACAACUAGAGAAUGAUCUGAGGAACACAAAGAGUGAGAUGGCUCGCCACCUGCGGGAGUAUCAGGAUCUGCUCAAUGUCAAAAUGGCUCUGGAUAUUGAGAUUGCAGCUUACAGGAAGCUGCUAGAAGGUGAAGAGACCCGAUUUAGUGCUGGUGGAAUGACCAUUUCAGGGCUGAAUCCACCUCCUAAUCCUGGUUAUUUGGUAUCAUCCAGAAUGUUUAGUUCAACUGCCUCAAAAGUGUCACCUCCUAUAUUGUCUAAGAAAGAGGAGAAGGAAGAGGAAGCUUCUAAAGUGGCCUCCAAGAAGGCUUCUCAGAUAGAGGAGAGCUUUGCAGAAAUAAUGGAGGAAACCAUAAUCUCUACUAAGAAAACCGAAAAAUCAAACCUAGAAGAAGUCACCAUGUCAAGCCAAAAAAUAUAG